AAGUUGGUGAAUAAGAUCCAUAUCUCACAAAUUGUUUAAAAGGCCCAAGAAGCAGUGAUUUUAAUAUCACUGCUAUAAGGAGCCAGGUGCCCGUCUGAGGCUGUCACGUGAUUUUCAGGCAUCAGGGAAGUUCAGUCUUCGGGAAGUUGAUCGUCAGUGACAAAAUGGCGACGAGAGACUUAUGGAGGCUGUGUGCAGACUGGCUGAUACGAUGCGAGAUUUUACCCCGGGAUCAUCGCGUGAUGUUCCCCAAUGCCGAAAUAUUCGAUUUAGCACAGACUCUUCGAGACGGGGUUUUACUCUGUCAUCUUCUGAACACUCUGAGUCCCGGAGCCGUGGACAUGAAAGAUUUUAGUCAGCGUCCACAGAUGUCCCAGUUUUUAUGCUUAAAGAAUAUUAGGACUUUCCUGCAGACAUGCAAGAACAAAUUUGGACUGAGAGAGUCGGAUCUUUUUGACUCCUAUGAUUUGUUUGAUGUCAAAGAUUUUGCAAAGGUUCUUAACACACUGUCCAAGUUGUCCAAGUCGGAGUUGGCUUUAGCAUCAGGCAUAGAUGGGUUUCCACAGGAUAAUUCCUCCAUUCAAGUUGAGCAUGAUUAUUACAAUACUUUGGAAGAGCUUGCAACAGGAUUUCCCCCGGAUCGGCUCAGCAGAGUCCCUAGUCCCGUGGAGGACGUAUAUAGAACACUAGAAGACAGGGCAUGUGAGCUUCCAGAUGAGGAUAUAUAUUCAGCAGUGACGACAGUCGAGGAAGGUGAACAGGAGAUUUACGAGGAUCUCUGCUCCCUGAGAGGCAGGACAACACGAAGACGAAAGGAACGAGAACGUGACCAGUUGGAGCAGGGUUUUGAACCUAAAACAAAAAGAGAACACUGCCUGAAAGAAUUAAUUGAAACAGAAAAGAAUUAUGUUGAAGCACUGCAGAUGAUAAAAACAUUCUUUAUACACCCUUUAAAGAACAUAAUUCCAAGUCCAAAUCACGAGUUGAUCUUUAAGCAUAUAGAGGGUUUGGGCAACAUUCACACAGCCUUCCAGAGUGACCUCCACCAAGCAGUCAGGAGAUCGUCAGCACAAGCCUUGGGAGACUGCUUCAUCAAGUACAAGCCACAGCUACUGCUGUAUGGGGACUUCUGCUCCAAUCUGCCACAGGCUCAAGAGAGGAUUGAUGACUUGUGCAGGAAGAAUGAAAUUAUAAGAGUUGCUGUUGAAGAGUGCCAAAGGAAGGCCAAUGAAGGCAAAUUCCGCCUGCGAGAUCUUCUCUCUGUGCCUGUUCAGCGGGUGCUCAAGUAUCAUUUACUGCUCAAGGAACUUAUAAAACAAACAGACAAGAAAAGCCCUGAUAGGACCUUCUUGGAAAAAGCUCUUGAAGCCAUGCAAGACUUGUCCUUGUAUGUGAACGAGGUGAAGAGAGACAAUGAGCAGCUUCAACUUAUACAAGAGAUCCAGGACAGCAUUGUAGAUCUACAGAUGCCUGAGAAGACAUCUUUAAAAGACUAUGGCAGACUGCUGAAGGAUGGAGAGUUGAAGAUUAAGUCCCAUGAAGACAACAGGUUAAAAACUAGGUAUAUCUUCCUGUUUGACAAGGUGAUGCUCAUGUGCAAGUCUAGGACCAUGGAAAAGUUCCUAUGGGGUGAAACUUACAGUUACAAGAAUGCCCUAGUUUUGGCACAGCACCGAGUGGAAGAGGGGGUGCCUGCAGGAAGACCCAGGAGUGAAAAAUGGGGACACGUGUUCCUUUUGUCAGAAAACAAAAAUUCUGUUGCCUACAACUUCUAUGCAAAGACUGAAGAGAUGAAGAUGAAAUGGGUGGAUGCCAUCAAAAUGGCAUUAGAUAACACAAAUCCCGCCAAUGCUAGGGAGAAGGGGCAUGACUUCAUCAUGACCACUUUUGAAGAACCACAAACUUGUAGUGAAUGUAAAAAACUUCUGAGGGGUGUGUUUUACCAAGGUUAUAACUGUCACAGGUGCAAGCAGUCAGUCCACAAAGAAUGUAUUCAGAAGGCAUCAAAGAGAGAAUGCCAUAUAAGCAAUGGUCCAGCCCCUGAACUUCCACCACGUCCCAUUGACAGGUCCUCCACAGUCUACAACCACCGCUCAGCAUCCGUGUCUUCCGCGCAUUCUAGAGGACUGCCAGCUAAACCAAGUUUGGGUAUAAAGGUGAAAGCCGUAGCAUCCUACACUGGUACACCUGCCCCACCUACAAACAAGGGACAGGCGUUGAAGUUUGAGCAGGGCGACGUGAUAGACCUGAUCAGUAAUGACAAUGUGCAAUGGUGGGAAGGGAGACUUCACGGAAAGGAAGGAUUCUUUCUCAAAUCCUAUGUGGAGGAGUACAGGAGACCGUUCCAACGUGGGCCUUCGUAUCUGCAUCAUGAUGUCCGUCCUCCAUCCCCAUUACAUAAUGAUGAGAACCAAUCACCCAUUGGUUCUCCAUUACAAAGGUCACCAAGGCCAGCCAGUUCGGCCUCACAGAAACAUCCAUACAUCAACCUGGCUAACUUAGAAGGAUAUCCUUGGUAUGUGGGAGAAAUGAGUCGUGAAAGUGCAAUGGUCAAACUAGAACACCAUCCUAGCAGUACGUACCUUAUCCGAGAGAGUAUCAACCCUGCCAGGCGGGGGGACUACGCCCUGAGUGUGAAAUAUGACAACAAUGUUAAACACAUACGGGUCAUGAGAACACAGGAAGGGUCUUUCUAUCUGGCAGACUGUCGAUUUUUUAGGAGUAUACCAGAAUUGGUAGACUAUUACCAGAAAAAUUCUUUAGCCUACAGCUUCCCAGAAUUGGACACAGUAUUAAGUAUUCCGUACAAUGAAAGUGUGAGGCAAAAUGCAGUUUUUCAUCCAGCACCCCGAGAAACGCCAGCCUUGGGUUAUGCAGUGGCCUCAUUUGACUACGCUGCAACGGCAACCAAUCAAAUUUCACUUACUAAAGGGGACAGGAUCAAGAUUGUCAGCAAGCAGGGGGAAGACAGGGGCUGGUGGAAAGGUGAAUUAAGAGGAAAGAUUGGUUACUUCCCGUGUGCAUAUGUAGAUGAGGAGGAAGAUGCUGCUGAUGGAAACAGUGCUAGUUCACCAAGGUAGAACUUUGUCCAAGGCCCUUGUGGUGAAUUUGAGUGGAAGUCGAAGCACCGCAACAGCCAGUCAGAAAAGAAAAUAUUUCUCCUCAUGCAGAUCAUGGAACUCUUAGAUGAGAAAUUCAGUUUUCAAUGUCAAGAAGUUUUUUUUUUUUUUUUUCUAAUUGUAAAAUUUCAUUUGCAGCUAAAAAGAAGCUUGUAUUAUAGCAAGUAAAAGACAAGUAUUUGUAAUAUAAAAGUGAUAUUUCAUAUAUUACAGACAUGGAUAAAAAAACUGUAUAAGUUUUUGAAAUGAAAAUUUGAAGAUCAGAUUUUUUAAACCAAAGUGCCAGUGCCCUAGAAAUAAUAGGCUGUCAAUUCCCCAGUCCUUAGUUUUGAAGAGUUGUGUACUUCUGCAUGAAUCUUAGUAUGGUAAAUUUCUUUUCGUCAUUUCAUUUGGCACAGAAGAAUGAGAAUUAUGAAAAUUUUGUGUAGCUUUUCUAUUUAAAUGACUGGUCUUCACCUCUCAGUUAUAAUAUACAUAUUUAUAUAUAUAUUUAUUUAUAUAUGCAUAUAUAUAUAAAUUUUCUAAAUUGUAUUUCUGGACUUACAAUAUUAAAUCUAAGACAACAUCAUACCAACUGGAUGUCUAACUAUGUUUAUAAGCUGUUUAGUAUGAUGUUGUCAACCUUAUGUUGUCCCGAGGCUUACAAAGGUACAAAAAAAGUCUAGUUUUGUUUUCUUUUUCUUGCCGAUUUAAUAUGAAUACUCUUCCUUUGUUGAUGAAUGUUGUCUUCCAUUUCUUGCCAAAAUCACACUCACAGGUGUGUUUAAAAAGAGGAAGGAAAUCGCAGAAAAAUAAUUAAUUCAAUAAAUGAGUUGCAGUUGGCAUUUCCCAGUACGUGGCAAUUUUGUGCAAAAUUUAGGACUGCAUUUAAGAGGUUCAUAAGAAGCUUGUGCACGGAGCAUGGGAAAUAAUACUUAGAUUUUAGCACAAGAAUUCAAAACAUUUGGCUAAGGACACGGAAGUUUAUCAUUACAUUAUCACAGUAUCAAACUCUCCCACUAUGAAAAUGUAAUGCACUUCUCUUUAUUAAAAUGUCACAUGUAAGAAAACUUUUGCAUAUGGCAAUGGCAAUCCAAAAGACUUGAAUUGGAACAAAUGGGAGAAAACUUUCAACAAAAAA